UUUCCCUCGGGAACACAGGGGCACGCGCGCGGACUCCCUCCGCGUGUCAUCCGCUCGCGCUGACGUCACGUCACACUCGGGAUCCGCUACAAUGUCAAACAUCCACACGAAGCAGCGGCGCGAGCUCAUGGCUCCUUCAUCUUCCUCUUCUUCCUCGCGCUACAAUGAGCGUCGGCGGCGCGUGCUGCUCCUCAUCCUUUAAGACACUCGGAUCCAUGUUCCCGCACAGGAUGCGUUAAAGCUCAGACGUCAUGAUGCUACAGAGAGAAUCUGACUCCCGCCGCCUCUUCUCCUCCGGAGAGACGUUCGCCAACGACUGUGAGAUGGGGGCGAGCUGUGUCGAGGUGGAUGUGGUGUGUCUGUGCAAGGCCGGUCCCUGUACACUUUACUCAGAAGCACACACGCCGCCCACGGCGGACACACUGCUGUGUGAACACUGUGGAAAGAGCAGAGUGACGGUAACCAGGUUCUCUGAGGGAUACGGCACAGAGGAAGAGUGUUUGUUAUCGGAUCCUCAGGGGGAGAGUGACGCAGAUGCAGAUAUAGAGGAUACAGACUGCAGACUCCACGAGCCUGGCUCUCUGCAGCGGAUCAGCUCGCGGCGGCGCAAGCGGCCACGGGUGGCGCGGCAGGACACGACGGAGAGCGAGGACGACGGCGGGAGGAGCCACACGUCCCAUCGCUGGAACCUGAGGCUGAGUCCUGACAGAGCACACAGCAGGACAAUCCUGGAGGAGAGCAUAUCACAGGUCAGGCCGUUGAUCAUCUGCCGGCCAAACGCCGAGCGGCAGAGGAGCGAAGGGGACCUUCAGCGAGGCUCCAAACUGACGUCCCUGUGGCCGCCAUCGCUCUCUCUUCCUCUCAUCCUCCUCCUCCUCCUCUCUCUGCUGCUCUCCCUCUCCCUCAUCAUCAUCCUCGUCCUGUCUUUCCUCCUGCCGUCCUGGGCCAGCGCUUGACCCCAAAAUUCAAUGAGAAACACAUCCACAGUUUAUUUCUUCCUAAAAAAAAGUCGCAUCGAGAUUAAAAUCUUUUACAGGUAAGACAUAGCUGCGACGCGAGAAGAUGAAGAACAAAGCACAAGGCAGCAAUAAUACUUCAUUCAUUUAUCUAUUGAUUAGUGGCUACUACCACUUCCUUUAUUCUAUGUUUUUUUUUAAAAAAGGUCUGGACCGGAGUAAGAGACAUAGUACACUUUAAACUUAGGCCUCGUAAGAAGUCAACGCAAGGACGUGAAUAAACGCGAAAAACUAAAUGUUCAAAAAAAGUCGUUCAAUUUACAAUAUUUGAAUUUAGCGAGCGAGAACGGCGGUUUAGUUCACGCAAAUAUUCCGCACCGUCCACAGUUGCGCGUUAAUUGGGUCGCACUUUCUGCUGCUUUGCACAAAGUCUAGACUGUGUUUAAAAAAAUGGACACGGUCUUCCGGUUUAAAAUGUGAAGCCGAGGAAAGUUCGACGAAAGGAGCAGUUAGCCACCAGGGGGCGACACCACCGGUUUCAAUAAGAGCUCUGUUUGAAAUGGAGGUCUAAGUUCCACUUAGGGUUAUAGCACAUAUGAGUAGUGAGGUGGUGUUGUCCAACAGAAGGCUGGUUUCAGGUGACAUCUGCUACUAGCGUUCCUCACACGAGUCCUCGAUCUCAAAUUCUAGCGAUUUCUUGCCAGGAGAUCGGCCUCACAUGUCCUUCAGUUCUUUGAGCGACCAAUUGUAGACGCGUGGGUCCCAGUGGACCUUCGAACAGAAACUCAAGUUGCCAUGUUGCCUGAGUUCAUUCCAGAACCAGGGACUGGAGUAAGAAAGGCUCAAUUUGUGGGUCUCUGUUCUGACAUAAGGCACUUUAAACCGAAGCCGACUGUGAGACUUCGCGACAUCGGUGAGAAAUCGCCACCGGGGAGUGCGGAUUCUCUAAAUGUGGGAAAAGAUUUGAAGAAUUGGAGCCAAAUAUUACUUUUUCAGACCAUAACAACCUCGGUGUAAUUAUAGCUUUUUUUUUUUACUUCCUUCCAGAAGAUAUUAAACCACAAUUCAGACGGAUUUUAAACUUCUCGCCGCGUGUGAGUCGUUGCUCUCUAUAAAUUUACAUCCACAGUGUUUCCAUAAUGAGCCUCAACUCGUCAAAUCUCGCCUUCCGUCACACUUCCUCACCCCCUCGCUUGUAUAAAUAGACCUCUCAUCUCGCUCCUUUUUAUAAACGAGCGACGCGUGGAGGCGGAGAAUGUUUCAGAGCCGCGCAGGUACACUCACCACAACCCCACAGCAGCCUCAAUAUGAAAACACGAUACCACCCAACUAUGCAACUCCUCUGCUCCUACUGUCUCCCGUGUCCUUGGCACUGUCGCCACCUUCUUGGCCACUAUUCUCUCUCAUGAAUUUACUUCACAAAUGCAGGGACUUCUAAAAUAGAGCAUGACCCAAUUAGAAAAAGCAAUAUCAGGAGGGAUGUGAUAUUGAGCCUGCGGUGUUAGAUCUACCGUACAUCUGCUACUUUUAAUGAAGGGACUACUUGUGUUUUCUUAAAAACCGGUGGAUCCUCUGUAGUCUUUGUCUUCUCUCUGGCUCUCUCACGUGCUUGUUUUUAGUCAAACACUGGCUCCCAGUCUUACACGUUGUGCUUGUGUUUUUAGCGGCACGUCCGUGUUUACGAAUUAUUAUUUGAGAAGAGGCUUGACAAUCAGUCAUGUAACUUUAAAAUACAAACAACAUGUCCCGUUACAUUCAAACCACAGUCAAAUACGUCUCACCAGCUCUCUGUUUCUCAGUAUGGCAGGGUUUAGCUCUCGUGUCGCCCGGCUACACAGGAGGCGAGUUGUUUACUGUUAAGACAGACGGCGGCAACAGAAACACUGUGUAAGCAAAGCAAGACGCGUUCUACUGCAGUCACAGACACUCCCUCGUUCAGGUCUGAUAGUAUUGCCUGACAGAGACAGCAAUACAAGCAUUCUUACGUCGAUAAUAGUAUAAAAACAUCAACAACAAAGCUCAAUGAAGGUCAGGCACUGCAGCUUUAAGCUGAAAUAACCCUAAAAAGCCAUUUCCUCGUACUUUAGAAACAACCACAGCCAUGCUCAUUUCUAAAAUGAACACCAUUGAAAUAAUUGGGUUAAUGUUCAGGAAUGUUUUUCUUUUCCCUUUUGUUUCGUCUGUUGUUUUAUUUCCACUUGUGUGUGUGUGUUUUUGUUUGCCUCUGUUUCAUGAAAGUUCAAUAAAACUAGAUUGUAUUUUGACAAAA